ACGUGCAACUCCUCGUGAGUUGUGAGCCAUCUUAAUGCCGUUGCUAUUGUUUGUUGGAUUUUCAGUCAGUCACGAUAGCUCUAUUGCAGUUAAUCUUUCAUUUCAAAUUUAUUCACGUGUAUUUAUUAAAAAUCAUAUAACAGUGGUAAAAUGUUACGCAUGUUUUUACAAUCAUGUUUUUGCAGCUCAAAAAUAACAUUUAAUAAAUAUACAUCUGGUAAUAAAGUUUGUGACCCAAGAAAAAAUGCAGAGACAGCUAUUGGAAUAAAUUUACAGAAAAACUUCUGAUUUAACAGUAAUUUAGGAAAAUUAAAUAAAUUAACUCAAAAUAUGAGACUGAGCCCUAACUAGACUUAUUUUUUGUUGUUGUUUUGAUUUGUUGUUGCAGUAUACAUAUUGAACAAAAGAAAUAGGAUCAUUAAUGCAUGGCCAUGAUGGGAACAUGGUCCCAUGAAGGGGAUCCAGGUUCAAUUCCCAACAUGGUCAAACCUGAAUUUUGUACAUUUGUUACCAUGAUUCUCAUUCAGCUGAAUCACUCAGCAGUACACUGUUCCUCACCAAAUGGGUUAAAAAAUAACUCAAUACAUUGUGGCAGAAUAGUUCUCAGAGCACAUUGUCCUAGGUACUAUUUCUGAAGCUAAGCCGAGGAAAAGAGGUAAUCUGUUGAAGAUGAAGCCCAGCUAACAGCAUGUUUCUGUAAAUGACUGAUGCACUUACUAUUUCAACGUGAAGAAAAAAACUAUCAAUGCUACAAAUACCUGGAAGAUUGCCACUUGUAUAUUGUAUAUUUUUCUUAAACAGAUCUGAUUAUAUUAAAUCAGUAUUUGCUAUAAAUACUGUACAUCUCUGUAAUGGUUGUUCUCUCAAAAAUGUUUAAGAUUUGUAAAUUUUGUUAAAUGUAAGAAUGUUAUGUUUCGAACAUGAUACGGUGUGUACUGUUAAAUUGUGUGAUAGUAAUUGAAAUUUAUGGAGACUCAAGUGUUGCUGCUCAUUUUUAUAAUGUCUUAUAUGUUAUGUAAAUAAAGUUAUGUAUUAUUCUUUUUAUAAAAGUACUUGUUUAAACUUAAAAUUGAAAGAUUUUAUGCCUUGUCUGUGCUAACUCUGUGUGAUUCUCAUAUGCAUUGUAGUUAGAGCCACAGUUAUUUUGAGGAUUCAUUUCACUCCAGGCGAGACUCAACUUGUCUAUACACAUUCAAGCCUUUUUUUUAUAAUGCUCAUUGGAAGAUAACAAGGUGACAAAGUGGGUUACAUAUGAUUGGAUAACUGCUUCUACUCCUUGUUUAUAACUAGGCCAAAUUUGUCAAGGCUUCUUGUCAACAUAAGGCCUUCUAAAAGAAAUGGGUGGGGUGGGGGGCUGGAGAUUCCCAGAGCUCUGACCCGCAGGAAUGAGUUUUGAGGAUUUUUAAAUGCUUGGGUUUAUCUUGAUAAGGUGAAAAUUACAAGUUUGUUGUUAAUAGAAUUCAUAGAAACCUUACAAGUAAUGCAAAAUAUACAGGUGGCAUGUAUAUAUAGGGACAAGAUCAUGUGGUGAAUUGCGAUAAAGCCAAAAUAACUCCGCAAAAUGUGUCAAUAGAACAUACAACCCCAAAAUGCAACUGAAUACACCAUGUAGUAACAAAAACAUGAAAUCAAUCAGCUGUUUGACAAUACUUAACUUAAAUUACAAAAUUUAUAUCCUUUACUAUGCUAAAUUCAUUGAAUGUAUUUUAUUUAGCAUGAAAUUUUUACCUAAAUAUAUUAACUAAAUGGAUCGGAAAAAAAUAAAUAUUUUGUUUGAGCUUGCAGCUCCAUUAGUAACACAUUUUUACAUUAAUGAUGUUGGAACAUUAAAAAAAAGUCUAUUUGUGUUCUGUUGUAGUAAUGCGUAUUGUUAUUACAAAUGAUUUUUCUGUAUAAGUGCAAUAUGUAUCAAUCAAAAUGAGACUAUUUUGGUGAAAUAAGUAUUAAGAAAUAUUAUAGUUUCAUAUUAUUUGAAUAAUACAUUAUUUAUGAAUAAAGUCAAUGUAUAAAAUAAAAACAAUAACACCAAACCUUAUGUUCUAAAAACAAAAUUGACCUAAAAGAAAAAAAACCCAUAAAAUCUUGUCCUUACAUACACAGUUAUGGCCACAAUAACUUUCAGUUUAUUUAAUUUUAGUUUUACUUUUUUAUGUUGAGGUUUGAAAAGUUGUACAUUAAUAGUGAUGGGGCCCGACUGAAGCUGAUGUGUAUUGGUUCAAUUUUACUUCGCUGCCCAAGUAAUCCACGAAAUAAUUGUGGCUCUAAUUAUACAUACAUUAAAUUAUUAUGGAACUAUCUUAAAUGGUGCGUUAAUUUUUUCUGUUGUGUUUAAAGAUUUUUUUUUGCAUUCAUCUACAGACUGCAGUGAUUUUUGCAGUGCAAAAGUAAAGUAUGAUUAUGCAGCAAAUACACAUAUAAUGUAUAUAAUUAUGUGUUUGUUAGGACAACAAAUCAAUAUGGCCUUAAUUUUUUUUAAACCUUAUAGGUAUUUAGGAGAUGCAGGAAAAAUUUUUAAAGAAAAAUUUUUAAAGGUGCACAACAUUGUCAUCAUCUAAAAACAUUCUUUAUUGUGAAAAAUGAUUUCAUGAAUAAUUAAUGUCUAUUAAAUUGCUUACAAUCAUGUUGCAUAACAAUAAAACUUUAUCUGCAUAGGUAGCUGGUUCAGUUCAAAGGAGUAUAUCAUCAAAACAUCACACUCUCCCCUAGAAUCUUAUUGCAUCACAUUUUUAUACUGAAUUUUUAGGGUACUCCCCCCUCCAUAAAUUUUAAGCAGUUGCUGAUGUUUUUAAUGGGUAAAUCAAAAUUAUCUUUGUGUUAGCAUAGUAUUGGCUAGCAUUCAGAUUGAUCAGCAUUUGAUUUGAUUUUAACUUAAGUGAUAAAUUAUUCUUUAUAGCCAAAAACCUUUGUAAAUACGUGGUUACUGUACCACUGAACAUCUGCAAUGCACCUGGAAAUAAUUGGGCCAUGUUAAACAAUAUUCUACCAACCACAGCAGUUAGAAGAAGCUAUAGUAUUUUUAAAAAUAUAAUGGCAUAAUUUUUUUUUUUCAUUAUUAAAUUCAGGUUUGUCUACUUCAUGGUAAAGGGUCAAGAUUUUAUGGUGAAUUUUGAUAAAGCCAAAAUAAACACUUAAAAGAAUUUCAAUAGCAAUUGAUCAUAUAACACCAAAAUGCAAGUUUAUACACCAUAUAGCACCUAAAUGCAACUAAAUUCAUUAAUUUAACCAAAAUUUUAACAAAACUUAACUCAAAUUAAAAAAAAACUUUCUAUAUCUAUUUAUUAAAUCUCUGACUUUUGAUGACGUUUUACAGUCCAGCGAACCCGAGUCUGAUGAAAGUGAACUGGGUGAUGAUGAGUUCCAAUGUUUUCCAGAAAAUUUAGAACCUCAGUUGUUUACACAUGCUUUAUUUAAAUGAUUUGGUGAGAGAUUUUAGUUUUUAUUAUAUUCAAUAAAUGUCAUAUUUAUUUAGCAUGAAAUUUGUGUCAGAAUGUAUUGACCAAGUGGAUAGGAAAAAAAUAAGUUUAGAUCGUUUACCUUGCAUUUCUUAUCAACAAAUUUUUAUAUUACUGAUAUUGGUAGAGUUUUCAAACACAAAAAUUCUUGUAGAAUUAUUUUUAUUGUUUCUCAUAAUCCUGUUCUCUGCAUGCUAGUUACAGAUUAUUUUCCUGUAAAAAAAAGCAAUGUGCAUCACAGCGAAAAUUACUAAUACACCUUUUUAGUGGAAUUAGUAUUGAGAAACAUUUUAGUGUCAUAUUUGUUGACUAAUAUUCUGUCGUUAUGGAUAAACACAAUACCACCAAAAUCUCCUGCGUAAGAAAUGAAAUGGCAUAAAAAUAAAACCAUAAAAUCUUGUCAUUACUUAUACUACUUCAUUAGUAAGAUUUUCAAAUUUCCUAAUACCUAAAAAAAAAUAUUUACACUAUCUAAGCUGAAAAGCGUCGGCUGCAAUAUUUAUUGUAUUAUUUUGGUCAGAAGUGAUGAGAGUUGGUUGACAUAUUUUGUAGCUUGUGAAAGCAAACUCAAGCAAAGUAUGUGUAAACGAACCUGCUAAACAUGAUUCUCCUUAGAUGCAGUUGAUCCAUGGUUGUGGAUUAAUUAGCAUCAUGUUACAGUAUGGAUAAGUAAUAUUAUAAAUUAUAUCUCAUUAUAUUUUUAUAUGUUUACAUUGGAGGCAAAGGUUAUGGUAAUAAGACUUAUUAACUGUAGGUAAUGAUUAUAUUAUAUUGAAGGGUAAUAUUUUUUUAAUUGUAAUAUUUUGGUGAUGUUAUUGUAUGUUUAAAAACAUACCUCACACUGUUACCCUAAAGAGUUGUAAAUAUGUAAGGUGUAGAUACUUUGAAAGAAAGGGUUUUAAAUAGUGAAGUAUCAGUGAGGUGUUAGUGUAAAGGAUAAAUUGCUGAGUUGGAGGUAGCAUAUGUCAUAGACAUAUAAGGUAACGUUGCUUUAUAAGCACAGUGGAGUUAGUGACCAUCACAGGCCAUUAUUGUAACUUUCUAGGUCAUAUUAAAAUUAAAUUGCAGUUUUUUUUUAACUGUGAAAAAUGAUUGCAAGCUGUUAAAAAGAAUAAGGAAAUUUUUACAAGAUUAAGGAAAGGUCCUGUAGGAAAGCCAUUAAAAUUUUUUUGGAGUGUAGAAUCUUACCCUUUAACAAUAAUUUGAGCAUGUUGUUGUUUAUAAAUGAUCUUUCACAUACAAUUUCAUUUUAUUCCCCAAUAUUUUUCACUCUUAAGACAAUCUGUAAUAUGCAACCUAUGAACUUAAAACCUACUUUUAAGUGUUUUUUUUUUGUUGCUUUUUUAUGUACCUAUGUAGGCCCUAUGCAUUUCUUUGAAUUUAUGAAUUAUCACAAUGAAACAUUUGUCACUACAUUUAUAUGUUGAGGUAUUAUAAAUUUCCUGUAUCUUUUUUGCUUUAUAAAUAUGGCCACAUUAUGUAAACUGUGCUUUUAACUAAAUUCUGGUCAUGCUACAAAAAAUAUUAGAUAUCUUGGCUGUAUUUUUUGUGGAUUUUUUGCCUUCUUGUGUGGAUAGCCUUCUCUUUUCCACGCAUUGUUUAUAUAAGCAUAGGUCAGGUUUCAGGUUUUGAGUCCUCAUUGACACAAGGCGAAUAGUAUGGUGUUAAAAUUGUCUCCCAUAGAUUUCCAUACCUAAGAUUGCUAAAGGCAUUACAUACACUUCAAACCAUAAGAUUCUUAAGUCAAAUUUUGAAAUGAGCUGAAGAUGUCUGGGGUUAUUUUCUGAAGAAAUUUUAGUUUAAAGCAUGUUUUCUGCCUCCAAUUGAACUUCUGGUGGGCAAAGCAAAUUUGAAAAAAAUCAUUUGACCAACAUUUUUUUUUUGUAUACAAAUUCUUUGUCUUUUUGAAAACAGCAGCUUUCAAUAUUUCCUAAUCCUAUUAAUUUUAUUUAUCCAUGUGCUCACAAAAGAAUGAAACUCUAAGCUGUUCAAAACUUGACCUUUUUGUGUGUUUGUGCAAGAGGUUUGUAUGUUCAGAAUACAUACAAGGAAAAAACAUUGUAGCAAUAAUUUAUGUAUUAUUUUCUUAAAAUAUAGUUUUUUUUUUCCACUUACAAACUUUUAAAUUGUUUUUCAAGGUAGUUAAGUCACAAAGUAAUUUAAUUCAGAACUUAUGAAGAUUUUUUCAUGUAUAGUUAUCUCCUGUGCAUUGUAUGCUGUUGCUAGCUGUUAAGAAAUUUUUCUGUUAUGUAUCACAAAAAAAACCUCAGUGGAGAAAAAAAUUUCCUAGAAUUUUAGGAAACUAGAGAGAUAAAAUUGUAAAGCUGGCGAACAGAAUUUGUAACUUAAAUGGUUGUCAUUUAAUUGUGUUCGCUCAAAUUGUGUGGUUUGGGAAUGAAUCUCAACCAGUUAACAUGUACAUGGUGUUUUUGAAGUAAAAAAAAAAACAAUAAUGUUACAGUUGUCUUUGUUUAUGUUAGUUGAAUGGUACAUGUGUUGAUAUUUACAAAAUUUUGAAUUUGAAAAUAUAUACUUGCAUGAAAAAUAUGUGUAUGAUAUUUUAUACUAUAAAAAAUCCUGCUAUCAAAAUAUGGUUUAUGGUACAAUCCUUUUCCUUUCGUGAGCUUAAAACAUCUCCAGUCACUUUACUUUUAACUUGUGCCAGCGUAUGAAAUGAAAACUUUACUGUGGAAAUUCCUUUUUUAUUAAAAGAUUAUGUUAUUAAUUAUGAUUAAUUUGUAGCCAAAUCAAUCAUUUCUGAUUCUCUUCUUGAGAGAGUUUCCCUUGUAAUGUUGUGCAAGCCUGGUCAUUAUUUGUCAUGUCUCUUUUGAUUUAUAUUAUUACUUACUGAAGCAUCAUAUUCUUGAUGCUCAUACAAAGGAAUGUCAUUAGUGAGCCUGAUUUGUUCCUCCACAUCUUGCUGGUAUGUAUUUGGAAUACUCUGGGGGGUAAAAGUAAAUGUGACACAUCAUUAAGGUUCCUGAUUUGCUGAGUGCAGUACACCAGCGAUCUCUUUGAGAUACGUCCUAAUUUACAACUAAAUGCACAGCACCACCCAACAGAUGUGUCCAUACCUGUUCUGAAUUAUUUCAUCAAGUGGUUCCUUUACAGUAAAGGCCGUGCUGGAAAAGCGCCUACCUGGGCACACAUACGGUGUGCAGAGCUUCAGAAGAAACCAUGCAAUUUGAAGGAACGUUCAUAGUGGAUGAGGAGUCCUGGUUCCAUUUUUCGUUUUAAAACUUUAUUUUUAUAAGAGGGUUAUGGUAGAAACUUACAACUACUAAAAUUACAAACUUUUUUAUUUACUACACAUUCUGAAGAACAUUGCAUCACAUUUUUAUACUGAAUUUUUAGGGUACUCCCCCCUCCUCCAUAAAUUUCAAGCAGUUGGUGAUGUUUUUAAUGGGUAAAUCAAAAUUAUCUUUGUGUUAGCAUAGUAUUGGCUAGCAUUCAGAUUUAUCAGCAUUUGAUUUGAUUUUAACUUAAGUGAUAAAUUAUUCUUUAUAGCCAAAAACCUUUGUAAAUAUGUGGUUACUGUACCACUGAACAUCUGCAAUGCACCUGGAAAUAAUUGGGCAAAGUUAAACAAUAUUCUACCAACCACAGCAGUUAGAAGAAGCUAUAGUAUUUUUUAAAAUAUAAUGGCACAAUUUUUUUUUGCCAACUCACUGAGUUUAUCUUUUUUUUCUCCUGAAUCUUAAGUUUUUAUCACCGUCCAAGAAUUAAUUUUUAAUUUAGGUUAGUUCUAGCCAUUAUCUAUUCAUUAAUUUAUACAUUUAUCAUAUUUUAACAAAAAAAUAUCAUAGUGUGAAAACUAACACUUAUGUUCAUAUAAGCAUGAAACAUCAAUUUUGAUGUGCCGUUAAAUGGUUAGUAGUGAAAUGCAGGAAGUAUUUAUCACUUUGGCUAUAAGCAAGUAAGGUGGCUAUAUGUUGUCUUGUAGCUGUGAAAACAAACUAAUCUCUGGGUCCUAGAAGUGUUAUCUGUAGACAAAUCACCCGGUGAUAACAGAGCAGUGUGUUCAAGUUCUCUCUCUGACCUUAUCUCACAUUCUCUAUGUGAAGCUAUAGUAGAUGUGCCUGAGUUUUGAAAUGGUGUUUCUAUAAUUGAUUCAUACAUAUAUAUGUUUAUUUUUAGAUGAUCAAAGAUAGACUUCAGGACCUGAGGGCGCGUCAGCCUGGGGGAUUCAGCCAAGUGAAUCAAGUCACUAUUCUUAUCAACAACACAGAUGAUUCGAACCAGAUUACAGCAUUCCUUGCAGAGGUGGAAGGAGUCCGUGCCCUCAUCGAGAGCAUCUGGAUGAACACGGGCGAGCUGCGGAAGCUCUACGGCAUCAUCUUGUCGCUGCCCAUGGCUCAAGACAGAACAAAUGCAGAGGUUGAUAGCAGGACUUCUUCGGUGCAGAGAGCAAUAGUGCAUGUUCGGGGGAAACUGCAAGACAUGGAGAAGCAGCUGAACGACCCAGACUGCGAAGAGCAGCUGGACCGGAUCCGCAGCAUCCAGUACGCCUCCCUCAGCCGGCUGUUCGUGGACGCAGUGCAAGAGUACAACUCGGUGCUCGUGAGGCACCGUGAGAAGUGCGCCCAGCUCAUCCGGGAACAGAUCAAGAUCACGGACAAGGACAUCACUGGCGAGGAACUGGAGGCAUUGCUGGAUCGGGGUGAGUCAGCUAUGUUUGUGGACAAUAUAAUCUCUGAGACGCUGGAGGCCAAGCUGACGCUGGACGCCCUGCGCGCUCGCCACGAGGAGCUGAGGAAGGUGGAGACGUCCAUCAAGGAGGUGCACGAUGUGUUCGUGCAGCUCGCCCUGCUGGUGGAGACACAGGGAGAAACCCUGGACCGUGUAGAGCACUAUGUUGAGAAAGCUACUGCGUACGCUGAUCGGACAAAAAGGAAAAUGGAGAAGAAUGAAAGGAGGAAGAAAAUAAGAAGAAAGCGAAAGUAUAAGUGCAUCUUCUUCACUCUCGUCAUCAUAAUUGUAAUAUUGUUUAUUCUGAUUUAUAUUUGAUUUAAAUGUAUUUUUUUACACAGCAAAAAAAAAAAUAUUGUGAACAAAAGUAACAUUAAACAAGAAAGAGGACAAUAAUAUCUGUGCUUGUGUAUGAUUUAAAUGUCAAUAAAUGUUAUUUUUGUAUGCUGGAGUAUUUUAUAAUUAAUGGGUUUCACUUUUCAGAUGCUGCCUUAAAAGAGAUUUAAGGCUUUUUCGAACAUGCUGAGAGCUGAGUUGGUUAUUUCAUUUUCUUCUCAUUACUAAUAUUUCAGGGCUUUUGGUGUAAAUUCAUUAUCAAAAUUUCUCUUGCAUUUUGUGUUUCGUGUCAAAUUUUCUCAAAAGAUGUUUACUAAAUAUUAUCUGAUAACAAUAAAAAGUCACGCAAGUUAGUGAUCAUUGGGUGAGAAAAUUUGUGAUCCAACAAUAAAUGAAAAUGAGACAUACUAAUAAAUUGACAGAAAAAGCCAUCAAAUAAUAGUAAUAACAUUAAAAUGAAAUAACCAACUCAGUUUGUGAGAUGGAGCCAAAAGCUAUUUUGAUUAUGAUUAGGGAAUGAACAUAUUAAUAAUAUUCAUAGCUGUUCUGAUCCAAUUCGUACCGUAAAAUGAAUUAAUGAAUUAUGGCUUGUGAAAUUGAGGUUUUUAUAGGUGUUGAGAUAAAAAUGGAUGAUGGAAUGAAUGUUUUGACAUCGACCCAAGUGUCUCCUCGGCUCCUUCAGGCCGUUAUGCCUCGUCAACGUCCACCCUUGUGAUACUAGUGCACCGACUGUGAAGUGCGGCGAGCAGGGACGCACCCACGUGCGCCCUAGCAUGCCAGUGGGCUUCUUUUUGUGUUGUAAAUAGUUAUGCUUAUUAUGUACUUUUAAAUGGUCACGAGCCUCCACAAUUGUGUAUAUUUUGUAACGUAACAAAACUCUCACAUCUGAAACACCGUGUAAAUACUUCACUUGUCAUUUAUUCGUAACUAAUAAUUUAAUGUGUAAUUUCGUUUUAUUAAUUAAUUACUUGUCUUGUUGUGUUAAUAAUUCUGUGAUUUUUCUCAAGUGCUUAUGCCAUGUUAGUAAUGUAAUCGCAGCCUGGCGCAUCGCGGGGCGGGCCUCUCCCACGCCGGCCGAUUUCCCCUCCCCUCCUCCGCGGCCCGCUAGCGGGCGGGGGACAGCAGUGGUGAACAGGACGCGACAGCGAGCAGACGUGCGCUCCGCUCCACGCUGCUCGUGAGGCGCGUUUUCUGAUCUCGAAGUUCGCCGACAGUGAAACGUCACGGGUCGUCUCUGCAGCUGAGCUGCAUUCGUUAUAUCUCUGAACGUAUUCAAUCUUACGAGUUUUUCCGGGACGUCACCAGCCUACGUCAUAGGCCGUGUAAGCGCAUCUCCGGACCGCCGAACCACUCAGUCAGUACGAACAUUCAUAGGACCUUAUUCCUCUUACGUGACGGGCCGCGUAAGCGCUGUGCAUCAAUACAGAACAAUCGCAACUGGAACCGUUAGCUACGGGGUUACCUCCCUUGUUCGUGUCGGGACGUAUUCUAAAGACAAGGCUUAUUUCCGGGAGUCCGGGUCGCGGCAGGGAGGGCGCUCGUUCCGCGACGUGCCGGCCAGGCUGCGACAGGUUCUCUAUGCGAAAAUAAAAGAGGCUCGUGGAAACGGA